AGUCCCGUCGCAGAGUUGUCAAUGUUGUGUUUUUCUCGGGGAGCAAUUGAUUUCUUUUUCCCUUUUAUUUCCCACUCAAUGUCCAGCGCGGCGGUGGAAAAGGUGCUCAGUGUGUAGUCAGGUGGCCAGAGCGUGGGUGUGCGAUGAAAUUGGGACGGUGCAGUGCCUGGCGGAUGUGAUAGGGCCAGUGGAUUUUGGUGCGACGCCCCUCGAGCGACUCUGUGCAAAAACUUGGGCGGAAGCGACGUCGUCUGUGUCUUCCGACGCGGAAAAAGGCUCCAUCGCGCUGCUCGAGCUCACUUCCUGGACGCCCUCCCGGCAGGAUGAUGGCAGAGCCCAAGUGCAUCGAUCUGUGCGAGUUCCUGGCCGAGUCGGAGCUGCAGCAGUACUACAAUUCCAUCAAAAAUGAGCUAAAAAUAACCACGGUUGUGCAUCUGAAGUACGCGAAUGACGAGGACCUGAAGCAGAUCGGACUGUCGCGUCCGGAGAUUCGGCGCCUAAGGAAGUUCUACGACAAAUACUACCCACACGGGUAUCUCAGCAAGAUCAAGCGACUCCUGCAGAAUCCCAAGGCCUUCGAUGGCAAUGCCACAACACCUGGAGCCACAUCGGAUGUGAUGAAGACCACAAGUUCUCCCAGCAAAGUGCCAAGCAACAAGCACAUCAUUCCGCCCGAUGCCAUCUGUGUCAACAAGCAGCUCGGGAUUGGGGAGUUCGGGAUUGUUCAGCAGGGCGUCUGGACCAAUGGCACUGAGAGAAUUCAAGUGGCCAUAAAGUGUCUGUGUCGAGAGAGAAUGCAGUCUAAUCCGAUGGAAUUCCUCAAGGAGGCCGCCAUUAUGCAUUCAAUUGAGCACGAGAACAUCGUGAGGCUGUACGGUGUGGUGCUGGACACGGACUCACUCAUGCUGGUCACCGAAUUGGCUCACUUGCGUUCCCUCCUUGAGUGCCUCAAGGAUUCCGGAUUGCGCGUGAGUUUCCUCACAGUGCCGACUCUGUGUGAAUUUGCUCAGCAAAUUUGCAAUGGAAUGAUGUAUUUGGAGAACAAGAGACUCAUCCAUCGGGACUUGGCGGCCAGGAAUAUCUUGGUGUUCAGCAAGAAUAAGGUGAAGAUAUCGGAUUUUGGCCUAUCGCGUGCGCUUGGUGUGGGCAAGGAUUACUAUCAGACGAAUUUCAAUGUGAAUCUGAAACUGCCAAUCGCCUGGUGUGCUCCGGAGUGCAUCAAUUUCCUCAGAUUCACGAAUGCCUCUGAUGUGUGGGCGUAUGGGGUGUGUCUGUGGGAGAUGUUCUCGUAUGGAUUUCAACCCUGGGCCGCUCUCACGGGUCAUCAGAUUCUCGAGGCGAUUGAUGAGCCGAACUAUCAGCGUCUGGAGCCGCCGGAGUGCUGUCCGCGUGAGUAUUACGCCCUCAUGCUUAAGUGUUGGCAACACGAUCCGAACAAGAGGCCUAAAUUCUCUGAGAUUUACGGCACAUUGCCGGACAUGAAGCCGGAACAGCUGAAGACGGUGACGAAUUGUGGUGAGGCGAAGAAGGAUCACUUGAUGUAUCGACAGGGGGAGAUUGUCACGGUGCUGGACAAGGGGGCGAAUUCACCCUAUUGGAAGGGUGUUCUCAAUUCCGGCAAGACGGGACUGUUUAAUCCCGCCAACACGGUCACAUAUCUGGGCAGUCUUCCGUCAUCCACGAACAGGGAUGCCUUCACGCGCAGCACCGAUCGGUCGAGCAAGAGGAAAUUGCGCACAGAAAUGAUAUCACGACCGCAGAAUGAUCUCAAGCACACAGGACAUGUGGGACUUGAUGGUGCAUAUUUUGGGGAUGUGGCUUUUUUGGCCUCAUCUCAGCCCUACAAUCAUCUGCCAAGGCAAAUUGUCACGCCGUACAAACCAUCUGAGGACAUCGAGCAGACGCCACUGCUUCAUCCAACCACGCCAACCAGUCCGGACUCCAUUCAGACGGCCAGUGGAUACUUCUCUGAGAAUGUCAACGCGUCGACGAAUCAUCUCUUCACGCAGUCAAAUGGUGCUGUCAAUCCUCUGGCCACCAAUUUUGGCUCCUAUUUCGAUUUUGCCGGCGGUUCUGCUGCUCAAGUGCCAACCACGACGACAUUCAGUGACUCCAAUCCCUUCGCCAGUGCGGCCAAGGAUGAGAGGGACUUUGCUCACACUUCCGGACGCGAUGGACCCUUCUCCAGCUCCGAUGUGCUGCACGAUAUGUUCCACAGUGAGGCGAAGGGGAGUGCCAAGUGGCCUGAGACGACGGUGGAUGGGCCGCAUGAGUACCAUGAGAUCUCGGAUGAUGAGAUGCCGGCGGAGAAAUUCGAUCUGGGACCUUCUCUCCUGGAUGAGAUGGAUCUCAUGUUUCGCUCCAUGACAGCCACCACGGGCAAUAAUGCCCAGGCAUUUGGCCAGGGCCCAGAUUUUGAGCAUACGAACAAGAAGAAUGAAAUUGCCGAGUUGACGUCGAAGCUGGCGAGGAAGAACAGUUCCGGAGCGGGAAGCAGUGUGAGCAGUUCCGGGAAUUCGUCCAACAGCAAGGCGAAGAAGAAGGCAGGAACGGUGAAACCACUCUCAGUGAAGGAUGACAAGAUUCUCAAUCAAGCCAUUGAGUUUGCCAAUGAGAUCAGUGCCAGAUCCAUGACGGAUUUGGUGUCUGACGGUGUGACGCAGAGUCCCAAGAGGAAGUUCAGCUUUCGCUUCCCAAAUCUCUCAGUUGCGGGCUCACAUGGUGGUGAAAAGGAUGCCACUGUGAAUGGAAGUGGCAACAAUUCCAACUCAAAUACUCUCACGAACAAGGAGCGAAAGAAUUUCUCUGAGGAAUUGAAGAAUGUUCCCGAUUUGCAGCGUUUUCGCUCGCUGACGGAAAUUGAAAAGUGCCACAAACAGUCGAAUAUACGUAUUCCAUUGUUUGAUAAAGAGACUGCGGAUUUCUGUUUUGAGAAAUCCCGUGAAAUUCUCACGAAGCCCUUCAAUUUGCCCACAACGCCUCUGGGUGGGAAGGAGGAAAUGGAUCGCAAGACGAGAGAUUUAAUUGGUGAAAAUCUCAUAGAUAUUGAGAAUACGCUGAAGGCGCUCAAUUUGGACUUUAUGCAGACGUACAAUGAGUUGGAGAAGACAGAUUCGGCGGAAACUCUCUUUGGCGAUGCGAAUUAUUGUGUGGAUAAGAACCCAAAGAUACGCAAUUCGGCGAUAAAGCUGUCCAAGUUGUAUGAUUUGGGAAAUUAUGGGGUGGAGAAGAUGUCCGGAAGGCGAUCACAGACACCGGAAGCACUGUCAUUCAGCCCCAAGUCGGAGCAAUAUAAUAAUGUGAGGCGAAGCAGUGCGAGUCCGCAGGAGAAGUCCUUCAGUCCGCGCGACAUGAAGUUCUCGUCGCAUGGCUAUGUGAAUUUGAACAGGGAGAGCGCGGGAUUUGCGACUGGGAAGAGUGUGAUGUCAGCCUCGCCGCCGGUUCGCACGAAUUACUCAAGCAAUAACUCCAUCCACACACUCAUGCAAAUGUAUACGACGAAUCAGGCGCAGGCGAUGCAGCAGCAGAGACUGAUGCAGAUGGAGAAUGAGGGCACAUUCCCGCACAGGAAGCGCUCGAUGUCCUUCACGGAGAACUAUGAGCUCAAGUCGCCGCCGCAGCCGCUGGGCACGGCGCCCGGGCAGCCGGCGUUCGCGCGUGGUCAGGCCACGGUGCGUGUUCAUGUGGGCAAUAAGUCCAAGAGCGCCAAGGCCAGGACGCUGCGCCGGCUGAGCUACAAUCCCAUCGUGCUGGACAGCAGCUCGUCGUCGAGCAGUGAGAGUGAAUUCGAUCGCUCCAUUGCGCAUUCGGAGUGUGACAUUCGCACGAAGAUGCUGACGUCGCGCCGGAAGAGGCAGUAUUUGAACAGGAAGAGUGUCGCCAACUCCAAUCCGGACAAGCUGUAUGGCUCCAACACCAGCAUCAAGAGUGCGCCGCAAUACAACUACUCCAACGGCAGAGAGCCCAAUCGCAAUCAGGGCAGGUAUGGGGAUGAGCGAUUCGGGGAUUAUGGGGAGGAUCUGGCGCUGCGGCGGGAUAUCUAUGACUACAGCAAUGGCUAUCAGAAGUUCAUUCAGCCCAGGGAGUUUCUCUAUCCGCCGGAGUUCGAUGUGAGCAAGCUCACGGGCAAGAGUCCCACUACGCAGGGAUUCUUCCCACCUGGACAGCCCACGAAUGGCGCCGCCGGGGCCACAACAUCGCGGCCGGUGUUUCAGUGGCCGGAGAAGAUUCAUGCGUCCACGGUGAAGAGGAAUGAUCUGCUGUGGCGACAGCGUCAGGAGAGGAAUCACAACGUGAGGCGAUCGGAGAUGCCCACGUACGAGUUGGGAAUGGGACAGAGCUUCUCCAGCGACAGCUCGUCAUCCACUGAGACGGAUUCCGUGGACUUUCAGCACGUGGGAGAGUUUCCGCUAAGCACACGAAUGCCACCAAGUCCGGCACCGUAGAAAAGUGUGUGAAAUAUCAUUUUAGUCUGUAGUCUUGGUUUCGUUGUAAUUGUGAUUUGUCGCGUGUGUGAAAGCAAAACUUUUUUCUAUAGCAUUUAAGCUUCUUCUAUACUUCUAUAAAAAAAAAAUGAGAAAGAGAAAAGAAAUCAUGGAGAUACGUAAUGGAAAAUUUUCAAGAAAAAAAAAAUGUAACAUUUAAAAAAGUUAAUUGUAUCUUUAGUGAGAAAUAACUCAGAUCGCCUUUCAUGGAGCUAAAAAAGAAAAGAAGAAGAAUCUUGUGAGAAAAUUAAAAGUAAUAAGGAAGCCGUUGAAUAGCAAAGCUUCUCAAGAAGAAGGUUUUCCAAAAAUAAAAAAAAGAUAAAUUGACGAGUUAACAAUUAAAUGUGAGGUCUCAUAUUCAAAAUCAUGCUAAUUGGAUGUAAGAAAUUUUCAUAUAAGAAACAAGAAUGAAAGAAAACAUUAGAGAAGACAGUGCAAUUAGCAAAACACUUUGCGUGUGAAUUUAAUUGAAUGAUUGUUUACUGCACAAUUUCUAUGCCUUUCUGUCUGUUUUUUUCUUUCUUAUCAUUCUCUCGUCAGAAUUUGUGCUGUGCAUUUAACUCAUUUUCUUUCUUCUUCUUAAUGGCCGAGAGGAGAGAAUAUUUAUACAGAAAACUAACUCAUCUACCUCUGAUGGUUACUCAAAGAAUUUACACACCACUCAAAAGCUUUCAAUUCUGUCGAUGAUUUUUAUACACCACAAAAGAAAUACUUGUAAUUAUUUCAAAAUACAAUCGCUAUGCAAAAAAGCUUCUCUCUUAUUGAUAAAGUAUCUAAAAAAUGCUCUCUCAAAUUAAUACCCACUAAUCCCUCUCUAUUUGAUUAUCAUUAGAGCACACAAAAUAUCCAAAGCUAACAAACAAUCCCUCAGAAUCUUCUUAGAAGAUUAAACUUAUAUAUUUCUAUCAUGUAGAAUGCAAAGAAAAGCCUCUUGACUUAAUAUCUCUUGCUUGUAUCAAGUAUUAAUGAGCGGAUGAGGAGUUUUAGGGUUGGACUUCAGGUACAGACACACUCUGAAUUCACGAAUGAAUAUUAAGUUGGCUAUGAAUAAAGUGGCAACUUAGGAGUCGUUGCAACAUUACAGAUUUCGUAUUUCAAUUAUCAUAGCUUAUAGUGGCGGCCGUCCGGUGGCGCUAGUGUGCAGUACGAAUUAAAUACGAACGAGAAGGCGUCGCAAGGCGAAAUUGGGAACUUAUUUAAUACGAAUUGCGGCUAAUUUGCUCUGUGAUUAGAUUAAAUUUAGAUUUAUUAUAAGUUACAGCCUAUUUGCGGCCAUCGCCCGCCGUCUUAGCGAUUAAUUAUCUUUUUGAAGGCAGAA